CUUAGCGCAUGCGCAGAACGUAGUUUGUCUGCGUGUCAUGUUGAUGAAUACAAAAACUGGGUAGUCAACAUGUCCACCGCUGCUGCUCAACAAAACAAUAACGAAGAGCCCGGGCUUCACGGCUCCUGGGUAGAGCUGGAGUUAAAUGGAAACACAGGAGCCCAAGGUGUGCAAAGCAACCCGCUAACAACUCCCGCUGCAGACCAAAUAAACGCAAAUGCUGGCAGUCAAACUCCACAGACCUUGCAAGUAGUGCCUGAGAGUGAUGAAACCCUCAUCGGAGGACUAGAACAUGUGCCAUCAUCUUCCUCUAUCCACAAUGGAGACAUGGAAAAGAUCCUCCUGGAUGCACAGCAUGAAUCCAGCCCAAGUAACUCCUCUUGCGAUAGUCCUCAUAGGCCACCAAGUCCAGAUCAGGAUGAAGGUCAGAUAAUGUUUGAUGUGGAAAUGUCCAGCCUGAGAGGUAGUCAGUCAGAAGAAGAUGGUCUAGACAAAGACAGAGAGGAAGACAUCUUAAUGAAUAAAGAAACAGACUGGGUUGCUGAUUGGUCCAGCAGACCUGAAAACAUUCCACCAAAGGAGUUUCACUUCCGGCACCCUCGACGUUCAGUUUCUCUUAGUAUGAGAAAGAGUGGAGUCAUGAAGAAAGGUGGCAUCUUCUCCGCUGAAUUCCUCAAAGUCGUCAUCCCUUCCUUACUCAUCUCACACAUUCUUGCUCUUGGCCUUGGGGUAUAUAUUGGGAAGAGAAUUGCCACAGCUCCCACCAGCUCUUACUAAAUAGAAAAUGAAGCAGUGCCUGGAUGUUCUCCUGUCUCCAAAUCUGUCGAUCAUCCUCCUGUAGUCGAGCUGUGUCUCCAAAUCUGUCGUACGCCCACAUUACCUCCAAUCUGCAUUGAAUUCUGUCACAUUGUAGAUGUAGUUAUAGUUGUACACAUUACAUAAUGUGGUUGCACUCCUUUACAGUUUGACACUGGGCCCAUUGUAUCCAACAUUAGUUACCAACUUGAACCCAGUAGAUAACAGAGCCUGUUGGAGCUGGAAAAUAUUAGUCGUCUUCUGCUGAAAAUAUGUGACAAGGAUUUGAUGUCAGAUGGCUUCAGGAUUUGGGUUUCAUCUCUGAUAUGUUUGUUUUGGGGUAAUGUCAUGAGAAAUCUGGCUUUCUCCUAAGCUGCAUCUCUUCUCUGACGUCUGUGAACCAAAACAUAUGCAUCUCCAACACAAGCAAAUUUAAUUGGCUUUGAAGACAGAGGGGAUUUUUUUUUUUUUUGCCUUAACUUUUUGAGUGAAAUAUUUAAGAUGCAGUUAAUUGGGUGGAGUAAGAAUGCAGGACAGUGCACAGUGGGAUUUCAGAUUCCACAUAUUUUCCAGAGUAGAAGUUGUAUCAGAUAGAUUCCUUAGGGUUCAAUUUAAAGUUUUGGUUUUUUUGAAGGUUGGAAAGCUUGAACAUUAACCUAGUAUGUAGCGCCAAAAAUGAAUAGUUGAGUUGUUUGAAUAUAUUAUGAUAGAGAAACCUAGGCACAGCAGUUACCAGGCCAUAUGCUAUUUUUUUUUUUAUUUCUCUCUGCCUACAUAUCUUCCUCUUUAACACAAUAUAGCAGAAAUGGCAAGUGCCAAAUUUGUAUCUUUCACCACUGCACAUUGGUGAUUUACUUUUUUCUUUUUUACGAUUUUCUGAUAUGUUUAGGUAUUUAAAUAUAUAGAUGUGAAAAUAAUUUAAGCUGUGAUCUGAUCCCUGUAAUAGACACCUUUUGACAUUGUAUAAUUUGUUCAUACAUUGAUAUUAAUGCAUAUUAUAUCUUAUGUGGCAGUUGUAUCUUAUGUGGCAGUGUAAGUAUUGUUUUUGCUGUUGUGUAAUCGCUGAAACAUCAGAUGCAAAGAAAACACCACAGAGAAACAUAUUUACGGGGGUUCAUUUAAGUGUGUUGUCUAGAUUUCAUUGUGCAAUCAUUUCAAACAGUAUGAUACAAUAAACCGUGUACAGUGACUGUUGAACAUCUGAAAAAUGGAUGAAAAUAGAAGGAUUUCCUGAAGAAAAUGCAUGCGAUUUCUGUGUAUUGAGACUGCAUUGCUGGCUGAUUCUUCUGUUUUUAAAUGAAUGCAUAAGAUAAAUCAGUGAACAUGAUGUAAAAUGUUGUAAUGGAACAAUUGGUUUUGGAACACUCCUCAUGGCGCCUUUAUUGCAUUAUAUAACUCAUACUAACUCAUAAACUGAACAUCAUGACAAGCUUAUGUACAGUUCAGUGUGCAAUAAUACAGAGCAUUUUGGAAUUUAAAUAAAGUUUGUACUGUAUGCAGUG